AUGAAGGAGAAUGAGUCCAUUCAGGUUUUCUUCACAAAAGUUUAUGGAAUUGUUAACCAAAUUAGAAGUUAUGGGGAUACAAUUCCAGACAAGAAAAUUGUAGAGAAAACUCUACGCAAUCUACUGCCAAAGUUCGAUCAUGUUGUUGCAGCAAUGGAGGAGUCAAAAGAUCUCACUGCACUUUCGCUCCAUAAACUAAUUGGUUCUUUGAAAGCACAUGAAAAAAGGAUUAAUAGGUCUAUAGACCAAUCCUUGGAGCAAGCUUUUCAAUCCAAAUUGGAUUCAAAGGAGAAAGAAGACAAACAAAAAGGAGAAUCUCAAAAGUCCCAAAACAGAAAAAGUAAAGGAGAAUCUCAUUGGCAGAAGAAUUACAACAAAGGCAACUAUAAUAACAACAAUCAGCAAGGAUGCAGCCAUCAAAACAACCAGAAUGGUAACCUUGUCCCUGAAUGUCAUGUUUGUAAGAAGACUGGGCACAAAAGUGCAGAUUGUCGUUCUCGUCAAGAACCACAAGAUAUAUGGUACGUGGAUAGCGGAUGCAGUAACCACAUGACGGGAAACAGACAAUGUUUUGUCAAAUUUGAAGAAAAUGUGAAUUCACAAGUCAAGCUCGGAGAUGGAAAGCUUCACAACAUGGAAGGCAAGGGUAUUAUCUCUAUUCAAACUCGAGAAGAACAGCUCCUACAAAAAGGCUUCUCUAUUAAAUUUGAUGAUGAUCACUGUGUUAUUUCUGAUAAAAAGAAAAACACUGUAGUGGCUAAGAUAAAAAUGAUGGCAAACAAAGUCUUUCCAUUGAUCAUGACAUCAAAAGAAAACUAUGUUUUGGAAGCUGAAAAUGUAGAAAAAUCACUAUUGUGGCAUAUGAGAUACGGACAUCUAAAUCAAAGGAGUCUACAGCUUUUACAUCAAAAAGAUAUGGUGGUUGGCUUGCCUUCCGUUCAGUCUGAGAAAGAAAUAUGUGAAGGUUGUAUUUUUGGAAAUUUCCACCACUUACCAUUUUCACAAUCAACAUGGAAAGAAAGAGCCCCUCUUGAGUUGGUACAUGCAAAUAUAUGCGGGUCGACUCGAACACCAUCUUUUAAUGGCAAGAAAUACUUUCUUCUCUUUGUUGAUGACUAUAGCAGGAUGAUGUGGGUUUAUUUUCUAGAACAAAAGUCAGAAGCAUUCUCUUUUUUCAAGCAAUGUAAAGCCUAUGGAGAGAAACAAAGUGGAUAUAAUCUGAAGACGUUGAGAACUGAUUGUGGUGGAGAGUUCACAUCAAAUGAAUUUUCAGAAUUUUGCAAAAGCAAUGGAAUAAAAAGAGAAUUGACGGCAAGCUACACUCCACAGCAAAACGGUGUUGCAGAACGAAGAAAUUGA